AUGGCAGAUGUAAAGGCUUCAAGUAGAAAGGGGAGGCAACAUGUACGUCAAAUAAACUCUGAUACAGCUCCCAGUACGACAUUGGGAUUGGUCAAAUUGGGACUUCUCAAUGUUUUGCUUUGUGCCAGAUUCUUGUCUUGGGGGGAUCUGAUGGCCAAUAAUAACCGUCCUUGGCUGGCUUACGGAUUAGUUAGAUUGCCCCUAAGAUUAGAACCUGAGCCUGUAGCGAAAUUCACUGGUGUCGAGGGUCUUCAUUAUCAUCUCCAAAGUGGACCGUUGGGUUUGUUCCUUUUUCUAACCCUCUAUCCAAUAACUAGGUUAACUGGCUCCUCAGAUUUCUUUGGACUUCUAUCAGCUGAUCCCUCAUAUCUUGUUGAAAUUUGGUCAAUUGCUCUUGCAUCUGUAACUAAUGCGGCAAGUGGGCAAGUGGGGGUGUCAGGCGAAGCAGGUGGCGAUGGGAUCUUUGGGAUUCAAGGCAAUAUAGGAGGAAGUGGUGGAAUUGGUAAGCUGGGAAGUGGUGGAAUUGGUAAGCUGGGAAGUGGUGGAAGAAUGGGGGUAAGGUUAGGAAGUGGUGGAAUUGGUAAUCUGGGAAGUGGUGGAAUUGGUACUCUAGGAAGUGGUGGAAUUGGUACACUAGGAAGUGGUGGAAGAAUGGGGGUAAGGUUAGGAAGUGGUGGAAUUGGUACUCUAGGAAAUGGUGGAAGACUGGAUGGAGGUGGAGGUGGAGGUGGAGACAUGAAAGGAAUGGAAGGCAAGCUGCUACUGGGAAGUGGUGGAAGAACAGUGAUAGGCUUCGGGAUUCAAGGCAAUGGAGAUCUAGGAUUGAAGGCAAUGGAAGUAUGUUGGGCAACUUACGAAGUGGUGGUAGUUCUAAGUUCUGGGAUUGAAGGAAAUGGUGGUGGUUCUGGGAUUAAAGGAAGUGGUGACAAUGGAGGUGGCAAUGGUACCGGUAAAUAUGCAAAUGGCAAUGGUACUAGUAAAGAUGGAGGUGGCAAUGGUAUUGGUGGCAAUGGAGGUGGAACUUGCUGA